AUGUUUAACGUUUUUGCUUUCAUUGGAGACUCCAGUUAUAAAUCUGAGUUCUACACAUUCUGGGCAUAUCCGAAUUUCCAUAUAGUAAAAGAAAGUGUAAACGCUUUAGCAGAUUAUUUUCCAAAUAAAUUUAAAAACUUAUAUGGUACUAGUAUAAUAACACUACCAGACCAGUUAGAACCAAGAACAAUAGUGCACAGGAAUAAAUUGGGUCAACAGGUGUUAACUGGUUAUGUCGGGAAAUUCAUGCUCACACUCGCUUGGAAAUUAAAUGCUACACUGAAAUAUGCACGACCAGUAAAAGGUGGAGAAAUCAUUUUUUAUGGUGAUUUACUUGCGUCAACAAAAAAUGGAACCUUGGAUAUGCCAGCCAGUAUUCUACCCAUUACAAAUUUGACCAUUCUUCGAUAUAAACGAAAACAUUAUCAAUGUCACAUAUUCGAAUUUAUACUUAAUGAUGUCACAUUGCGUGGUUUAUUGGGUCAAACCUUUAACAUGUUGCCCAAUGCAAAUAUUACGCUUAAACUAGUAUACAUAUUGCUAUCCUUAUCUGGUUUAUAUAUAAGUAGCCAUCUACAGGCUUACUUACAGACUAUGUUAACGCAGCCUCCAAAAGAGCGUCAGCUAAUGACAUUUAAGGAUGCUUCUGAAGCAAAACUUCCAAUUCUUGUCAGCGAAGAGGAGCUUAUAUUCUAUACAAGUACACAAAACUUAUACAGUGAAUACUCUUUACAUUUUGUCUCAACUUCUUAUGCUGACUUCCAUCAGAAACGCAAUGAUUUGUUUGUUAAGUACGCUUAUCCAAUACCUAAUAUCCUAUGGAUGGUUUAUGAGCAACAACAAAAAUUUUUUUUACGGAAGCUGUUUGUUUUUUCGUGGGAAGCCUGUUUUAUGAGUACUACUUACUAUGGGUUUACAUUGCAGAAGCAUUCGUUAUAUAGACCAGCUGUUGAAAAUCUUAUAUUGGAUGUACGCGCUUACGGAUUAAUCGAUAACUGGUUUCAUGCAAAUUUUUAUGAUAUGGUAAUGGCCGAUAGAGUUUCAUUUACAGAUAAAAGCAAUCCGAAGGUGUAUGGAGGCUCAUUAAAAAUUGAAGACUUGCAAUGGGUGUGGAUUACAUAUAUAUUACUAAUAAUUUUAAGUAUUUGGAUUUUUACUGUAGAAUUUUUUAUCGCACAUUUUAUUAUUAAUAAAUAA